AUGGAGCGCAGCACAGUCCUCAUCUUGCCGGGGCUCUGGACCAGGGACACCAGCUGGACACUACUCUAUUUCCUGUGCUACAUCCUCCCUCAGACCUCCCCGCAAGUGCUCCGGAUCGGAGGGAUUUUUGAAACUGUGGAAAACGAACCCGUUAAUGUGGAAGAAUUAGCUUUCAAGUUUGCAGUCACCAGUAUUAACCGAAACCGAACCCUGAUGCCCAACAUCACAUUAACCUAUGACAUCCAGAGAAUUAAUCUUUUUGAUAGUUUUGAAGCCUCCCGGAGAGCUUGUGACCAGCUGGCUCUUGGUGUGGCCGCCCUCUUUGGCCCGUCCCACAGCUCUUCUGUCAGUGCUGUGCAGUCUAUUUGCAAUGCUCUGGAAGUCCCACACAUUCAGACUCGCUGGAAACACCCUUCAGUGGACAACAAAGACUUAUUUUACAUCAACCUCUACCCAGAUUAUGCAGCCAUCAGCAGGGCAGUGCUGGACCUGGUCCUCUACUACAACUGGAGAACCGUGACUGUGGUGUAUGAAGACAGCACAGGUCUAAUUCGCCUGCAAGAGCUCAUCAAAGCUCCUUCCAGAUACAACAUUAAAAUCAAAAUCCGCCAGCUGCCCUCUGGGAAUAAAGAUGCCAAACCUCUGCUCAAGGAGAUGAAGAAAGGCAAAGAGUUUUAUGUGAUAUUUGAUUGUUCACACGAAACAGCUGCUGAAAUCCUUAAGCAGAUAUUGUUCAUGGGCAUGAUGACUGAAUACUAUCACUACUUCUUCACAACCCUGGACUUGUUCGCUUUAGAUCUGGAACUCUACAGGUACAGUGGCGUAAAUAUGACUGGGUUUCGGUUGCUGAAUAUUGACAACCCUCAUGUGUCAUCCAUCAUUGAGAAGUGGUCCAUGGAAAGGCUACAGGCCCCGCCCAGACCUGAGACUGGUCUUCUUGAUGGCAUGAUGACGACUGAAGCAGCUCUGAUGUACGAUGCUGUGUACAUGGUAGCCAUUGCCUCCCACCGUGCCUCACAGCUGACGGUCAGCUCCCUACAGUGCCACCGACACAAGCCAUGGCACCUUGGACCCAGAUUCAUGAACCUGAUCAAAGAGGCUCGGUGGGAUGGCUUGACUGGGCGUAUCACCUUCAAUAAGACCGAUGGCUUGAGAAAGGAUUUUGACCUGGACAUUAUCAGUCUCAAGGAGGAAGGAACUGAGAAGGCUGCUGGUGAAGUGUCUAAGCCCUUGUAUAAAGUGUGGCAGAAGAUUGGGAUUUGGAACUCCAACAGUGGGCUGAACAUGACGGAUGGCAACAGAGACAGGUCCAACAAUAUCACGGAUUCGCUGGCCAACCGAACACUCAUUGUCACCACUAUUCUGGAAGAGCCUUAUGUGAUGUACAGGAAAUCUGACAAGCCCCUGCAUGGAAAUGACAGAUUUGAAGGAUAUUGCCUGGAUCUGCUGAAGGAACUGUCAAAUAUCCUGGGCUUCCUUUAUGAUGUCAGACUCGUUCCUGACGGCAAAUAUGGAGCCCAAGAUGACAAAGGAGAGUGGAACGGGAUGGUUAAAGAACUCAUUGACCAUAGAGCCGACCUCGCAGUGGCUCCUCUUACCAUCACUUAUGUAAGGGAGAAAGUCAUAGACUUCUCCAAGCCUUUCAUGACCCUGGGCAUUAGCAUUCUUUACCGAAAGCCCAAUGGAACCAAUCCUGGUGUCUUCUCCUUCCUCAACCCUCUGUCUCCAGACAUUUGGAUGUAUGUGCUACUGGCCUGCUUAGGAGUCAGUUGUGUUCUCUUCGUGAUUGCAAGGUUUACACCCUACGAGUGGUACAAUCCCCACCCGUGCAACCCCGACUCAGACGUGGUGGAAAACAAUUUCACUUUGCUAAAUAGUUUCUGGUUUGGAGUUGGAGCUCUCAUGCAGCAAGGAUCAGAGCUGAUGCCCAAAGCUCUAUCGACCAGAAUAGUUGGAGGAAUAUGGUGGUUUUUCACCCUAAUCAUCAUUUCAUCCUACACUGCCAAUCUGGCUGCUUUCCUGACAGUAGAGAGGAUGGAAUCUCCCAUUGAUUCUGCAGAUGAUCUGGCCAAACAAACCAAGAUAGAAUACGGAGCAGUCAAAGACGGCUCUACAAUGACCUUCUUCAAGAAAUCAAAGAUAUCCACCUAUGAGAAAAUGUGGGCUUUUAUGAGCAGUCGAGAACAGAGUGCACUGGUUAAAAACAAUGAUGAGGGGAUCCAAAGAGUGCUCACCACUGACUACGCCCUGCUGAUGGAGUCCACCAGCAUUGAGUAUGUGACUCAGAGGAACUGCAACCUCACUCAGAUUGGGGGCCUCAUAGACUCCAAAGGUUAUGGAGUGGGGACCCCGAUAGGCUCUCCAUACCGGGAUAAAAUUACCAUUGCAAUCCUUCAACUACAAGAAGAGGGGAAGCUGCACAUGAUGAAAGAGAAAUGGUGGCGGGGAAAUGGUUGUCCUGAAGAAGACAGCAAAGAAGCCAGUGCUCUGGGAGUGGAAAAUAUUGGGGGCAUCUUCAUUGUUCUGGCUGCGGGACUCGUCCUUUCUGUGUUUGUAGCCAUUGGAGAAUUUAUAUACAAAUCACGGAAGAACAAUGACAUCGAGCAGAAAGGAAAGUCAUCAAGACUUAGAUUUUAUUUUAGGAACAAAGUAAGGUUUCAUGGGAGCAAAAAAGAAAGCCUUGGUGUAGAGAAGUGUCUCUCUUUCAAUGCCAUCAUGGAAGAGCUGGGAAUCUCACUCAAGAAUCAGAAAAAAUUAAAGAAAAAGUCAAGAACUAAGGGCAAAUCUUCCUUCACAAGUAUCCUUACUUGUCAUCAGAGACGGACUCAGAGAAAAGAGACUGUGGCAUGA